UUUAGCUUGGGCAAGUAGCGUAGCGCUCCUUAGCAUGGUGUCCGCUGAUCCUCCGAAGCAAAAAACAGAAAAGGAGUUGAAGAAGGAAGCUGAAAAAGCAGCCAAACUUGCAAAAUUCGAAGAGAAGCAGAAGAAGCUGAAGGAAAAAGCAGCAGCUGCUGAAAACAAGCAGAAAGAAACAAAAGCCGUAAAGAAGCAUGAAGAUGCAAAGCCUACACCGAAAUACGCAGCAGUAAAACCAGGAGAAAAGAAAGUUGUUAGCCACGAGCUGCCGAAGGUAUAUGAUCCGGGUUAUGUAGAAUCUGACUGGUACGCUUGGUGGGAGAAGCAAGGUUUCUUCAAACCAGAGUAUCAGCAGCAAAAUGGCCGCACUUCGAAUCCGAAGGGACACUUCACCAUUUGCAUUCCCCCUCCAAAUGUCACGGGAACUUUGCAUGUUGGUCAUGCGCUGGCGACUACUAUAGAAGACACUAUGACUAGAUGGAAUCGCAUGAAAGGGAAAACUACCCUAUUCAAUCCUGGAUGUGAUCAUGCUGGCAUUGCAACACAGGUAGUCGUAGAGAAGAAACUGCAGCGAGAGAAAGGCCUGAGCCGGCAUGAUUUGGGUCGCGAUCGUUUUAUACAAGAAGUCUGGAAAUGGAAACAUGAGAAAGGUGGUGUUAUCUACGAUCAGCUUCGUAAAAUGGGUGCAUCCGUUGAUUGGGACCGAGCAGUUUUUAUGAUGGAUCCCAAAAUGAUUCGUGCGGUCACGGAGGCUUUUGUUCGAAUGCACGAGAGCGGCACAAUUUAUCGUUCGAAUCGCCUGGUAAACUGGUCAUGCGCUUUGCGCAGCGCUAUUUCGGACAUAGAGGUUGAUAAGAAAGAGUUAUCUGGUCGUACCUUGCUGCCUGUUCCUGGCUAUGAGGAGAAAGUCGAAUUUGGAGUUUUGACUUCUUUCUCCUACAAGAUCAAAGGAGAAGACGGCGAAAUAGUAGUGUCUACCACUCGUAUCGAGACUAUGCUCGGAGAUACAGCUAUAGCUGUCCAUCCUGAAGAUCCGCGGUAUAAACAUCUCAUUGGCAAGGUUUGCAUCCAUCCUUUUGUUGAUCGGGAGCUGCCUAUCAUUGCGGACUCGUUUGUGGACCGUGAAUUUGGUACGGGUGCUGUCAAAAUCACUCCUGCUCAUGAUCACAACGAUUACGAGGUCGGCCAACGUCACAAUCUCCCAUUUAUAAACUGUAUUGAUGAUGACGGAAAUAUCUCUCCUGGCUGUGGCCAGUUUUCUGGUAUGCGUCGCUUUGAUGCCAGGAAGGCUGUGGCUGAAGCUCUUAAGAAACUCGGACAAUAUAAAGGCUCCGAAGACAACGCUAUGGUUGUGCCAAUUUGCAGUCGCUCUAAAGAUAUCAUUGAACCUUUACUGAAACCGCAAUGGUACGUCAAAUGUGAUGAAAUGGCGAGAAGAGCUAUUGCUGCUGUAGAACAAGGAGAAUUGAAACUAAUUCCCGAAUACCACGUUGCGACUUGGAAUCGAUGGCUUCAAAGUAAUCGCGAUUGGUGCAUCUCACGCCAGCUUUGGUGGGGGCAUCGCAUACCUGCUUAUUUCGUAACAGUUAUGGACGGAAAGACACCAGCUGGAGAUCCUUGCGAUGACCAUUAUUGGGUUUCUGCUCAUUCAGAAGAGAUUGCACUCCAGAAGGCAGCAAAGAAGUUCAACGUUGAUCCCAAGUACAUCAAACUCAAAUGGGACGAUGACGUGCUUGACACAUGGUUUUCUUCUGGUUUGUGGCCAUUUGCAAUAAUGGGAUGGCCUGAGAACACUUCCGAUAUGCAACUCUACUUCCCAUCUAAUGUUUUGGAGACCGGUCAUGAUAUUCUCUUCUUCUGGGUUGCACGAAUGGUAUUCAUGAGUCAAGAGCUAACCGGUAAAUUACCUUUCAAGGAAGUGUACCUUCAUGCGUUGAUCCGCGACGCACAUGGGCGAAAGAUGUCAAAGUCUCUUGGCAAUGUCAUCGAUCCUCUAGAUGUGAUAAGGGGUGUAACAUUGGAAGAGCUUAAUCGACAACUCACUUCUGGUAAUCUUGACGCGAAAGAACUUGCCAUUGCUCAAGCUGGUCAAGCCAGAGACUACCCCAAGGGAAUUCCUCAAUGUGGUACCGAUGCUUUGCGUUUUGCGCUUUUGGCCUAUACCAGCCAAGGUAGGGACAUCAACUUGGACGUUCUGCGUGUCCAAGGCUAUCGAUUCUUCUGCAAUAAAUUAUGGCAAGCUGUACGUUUCACCCUGAUGCAGCUCGGUAACGAUUACAAGGCCGAACCUUUCGAGAUCUCUGGUAAAGAAUCGAUUAUGGAUAAGUGGAUUCUUUCGCGUGUUGCUCACGCUGUCGAGCGCUGCAAUACCGAUUUGGAAGCAUACAAUUUUACGCAGUUCACAACGACUGUCUAUGACUUUUGGCUUUAUGACUUAUGUGACAUAUACCUUGAAUCUGUCAAGCCAGUAAUCUCGUCAGGUAGUGAUGAAGCUCGUAAAGUUGCAAAAGCUACACUCUACCACUGCGUCGAAACGGGCUUGAGAUUGAUCAGCCCUGCCAUGCCAUUCUUGUCCGAGGAGCUUUGGCAACAUCUUCCUCACUUGGACACGCAUCCUCCGUCCAUAAUUGUACAUGCUUAUCCUGAAGCUUCGCAGUAUUCCUACACAAAUGAGAAAAUUGAAGCAGAUGUCGCAUUUGCAAUGAGCGUUAUAAGAACAGUUCGAUCGCUGCGUUCAGACUAUGAACUGACAAAUAAAACCAAAACUGAUCUAUACGCUUCUGUUACCGACGAAGAGGAUCGUCGCUGUUUAACAUCUCUCAUCCCUUUGAUUGAAACCCUUGCUUUAAGUAACAAGGUGGAAGUUUUGCUGCAGUCCAGUAUCACUCCAGAAAGUAUCCCUAGUGGAUGUGCUCACGUUACCAUCUCAGCCAGAUGUAGUGUGGAUAUCGGACUCCAGGGUAUCAUUAAUGUCGAAAGAGAGCUUGUUAAACUAUCGGGUAAGAAAGAAAAAAUCGAGGCGUCUAUAGCGAAAUUGGUUGAGCAAGAAAGCCGUCCCGAUUACGAAGAAAAAGUGCCUCUACCGGUGCGCGUCACUAACACAGAAAAGAAGGAAGCGUUACUAGUUGAGAUGAAGAGUAUCGAAGCUGCCAUGACGGCGUUGAGUGGUUAAAUACUAUGUUUUAGGUUCGAUCUUGUUGAUUUUAUCAUAAUUAUAGCUAAAUAAUUGUUGACAUUCACAGAAUGUGCACACUGAGUUAGUCAGCCUUGUUUCUGUUAUUGCCGGUUGUUUGAUAAAUUUCUAAUUUGUUAAAAAAUCUUGAACCAUCGUGACCUUCCUUUCUAUCGCUUUACAUAAUCGGUGAGUAUGCUGGUUCUAUCUUCUAAGACCAAAUGUGUAUGCAUCAUCACUGGUGGA